AUGGAUCUCUUUUCUCUCAAAGGAAAAGUUGCAUUGGUCACCGGUGGUACCAAUGGUAUUGGGCUCGGAAUGUUAAAGGGUUUGGUGGGAGCCGAUAUUGAGCAAGUGAUUUUGACGUAUCGGUCUGACGAGGCUUUAUCAAACACAAUUCACAUCUUGAAAAAAAUCAAACCCGAAGUGAAAAUUAGUUCGAUUAGGGCAAAUCUAAAUGACACAACGCUGGAAAAUAGUUUGGUGACUAGGAUAGCGAACGAAGCUUUUGAACUCACUAGUACAGGUAAAAUUGAUAUUUUGAUCAAUAACGCGGGAAUCAACAAUCGGUUUCCUUUCCUCGAUCUUUCUCAAGAGAAAUUUGAUGAAGUCUUGAGGGUGAACUUAAACAUUCCAGUAAAGUUGACAAAAGAAAUAGGACUUAAAAUGCUUGAAAGUAAUACAAAGGGGUCAAUUGUAUUCACCGGAUCGCUUUGUUCAUUCCAAGGUGGAGUGAAUUCCACGGCAUAUGCCAUCACUAAGGGAGGAAUUAAACAAUUUGCUGCUGCUCUUUCGAAUGAAUGGUCUCUGAAAGGAAUCAGAGUUAACGUUAUUGCUCCAGGAUAUAUCACUACUAAUCUUUCGGAUGAAAUAGAACCAGAGCUUCGUGAAACUUUGAUAAGCAGAAUCCCGAUCGGAAGGUGGGGUACACUAGACGACUUUCAGGGCCCAGCUGUAUUUUUAUGCUCGGAGGCUAGUAGCUACGUAACUGGUGAAACAAUGGUAGUAGAUGGGGGCUGGUUAAAUUAUUAA